AUGAUAAAGCUAGAAGGGAUUUUGCAUUUUUUUUCCACAAAACCGAAUGACAAAAAAGAUUUUCUAAAGUUUGUAUCGCCUGUAAAGUUUCCCGAUGGGUAUGCUUCUAAUACCGUGUGUUGCGUGAAUGUUGAUGGGGGUAAAUUUGCUGGACUAAAGAGCCAUGACUGCCAUGUGUUUAUGCAAUGCCUACUUCCUGUGGGUAUUCAACACCUUCUACCGGAAGACGUAGUGAAACCAAUCAUGUUGUUGUCUAGAUUUUUUUCCCAAUUGACAGCAAAACCGUUGCGAAAGACAGACAUUAAUCAGUUGCGCCAUGACAUUGUCCAAGUCCUAUGCAAGUUUGAGAUGAUAUUCCCUCCAGCUUUCUUCAUAAAUAUGAUCCACGUGAUGGUUCAUUUGCCAGAAAAGGCAUUGCUUGGUGGUCAUGUCAACUAUCGUUGGAUGUAUCCAAUAGAAAGGCUGCUCGGAGAGCUGAAAAAAACUGUAUGCAACAGGGCGAAGCCCGAAGGAUCAGUUAUAGAGGCUUGGGUUCAAUAUGAGUCGCUUACUUUCUGUGGAAUGUAUUUACUAGAUGUGGACACAGUUUUCAAUCGUCCUCAACGCAAUAAUAACGAAAGUUUUUUGGAAACUGUCAAUAAGUUGAAAUCAUCGAAUUCCCCCACUUACAGUGAAGAGUUAUAUAACUUGGCGUUCGGCUCGAUUCGGGCUGAAUUGUUCUCGGGUUGCCAUGUUAACGGCAUCGAGUUUUUGGGGAUUGCACGAGAUGACAAGUUGUGUACGCAAAACAACGGUGUCCAUGUCCCAGGUGGAGGCGAAAGUACAAACAUUGAUUUCUAUGGCAAACUCACAAUGGUCGUGCAAUUGCUUUAUAAAGACCGAUACCAAGUGAUCAUGUUUAAGUGUCGAUGGUUUGAUACAAACCCAAAUAGGCAGGGAAGUGUUAAAAUUGACCAUGGCUUACUAUCAGUGAACAUUAACAAAACUUGGUAUGAUGACGACCCUUACAUUUUGGCAUACAUGGCAAAACAAAUUGUGUAUCUAGAUGACCCUAAAGCCGGAAGUGGUUGGAAAGUUGUUCAGCAGAUGGAUUAG